AUGGAUUUUGAUUCUUCAAAAUGCUCGUACCAAAGUGUAGAAUCCUUUUCUAGUGCAUGGGAAGAGUUGUUUUUGUUCAAUAACCUAACCUUCAAUUCAGUGAAGGAAACGUCCUCGGACUUAAAAUCUUCAUCCUCCAGUGGAGGAAACCUAUCACUUCAACCAAAUGGCUCAAAUUCAAAAGGCCUAUCAAAAUCACCAGCAUGCAAACGAGAGAAGAGACCCUACAGGGGAGUAAGAAGAAGGCCAUGGGGAAAAUUCGCAGCAGAAAUAAGGGACCCGACUAGAAAUGGGGUUAGAGUGUGGAUUGGAACAUUUGACACAGCUGAAGCAGCUGCUUUAGCUUAUGACCAAGCUGCUUUCUUGACACGUGGCUUUCUAGCUACCCUUAACUUUUCAGAACAAGUAGUGAGGGAGUCCCUCAAAGACAUGGGCUUCAAGACAUUGAAAAAAGAUUGCUCACCCGUGUUGGAACUCAAAAGGAUGCACUUGAUGAGAGCAAAAUCUAGGGCCAUAAGGAGUAGUAAUGAUAAGAAGGUUAAAAGGACUUGCAUAAGUGGCCAACUAGACAUUACUCAAAAUGUGUUGGUGUUGGAGGAUUUGGGUCCUGAAUAUCUAGACCAACUUCUGAGCUCCACUUCCCUUGAGAAUGUCGGUUCUUGGUACUGA